UUCUUUUUCUAUAUGUACUGUUCGGCUGAGAAUAAGCUGUUUCUCUGUUCGUCUUCUCAUCCACUCCACUCCCUUACCCUUUGAAAAAGGGCGGAUGUUACAUUGGUGACACUCUCUCUCCCUUUCCUCUCGAAUCUUCUCCAUCUUCUUUUAACAUUUUUCUCUCUUACCGCUGAUUCUCUGUGGGUACGCUUGAGCUUUUCGUUUCUCUCCGUGAAUUUCUCUCCAUUUUAAUUGUUUCCUUAGCUUUCUGAUAAGAGAGAAUUCAGAAGAGUCUCUCGUCGUCCAGAGAGCCGUCUGUAAACGGGAAAACAAAUGAUUGUUUUUCUACGAUCUUGAUUUUUUGGUAAAACUUAACGCAGCUUGAGAUUUCUAGAGGUGAUAUUCUAAGAUGGAUGCUUCUAGUUCUCGAGUUAUUUUUCACUGUGAAUCUGAUCUGCAAACACGAAAGUUGAGGACCGGGUUGUAAAGGAGAUUUUUCAUCUUUGAGUUUUUCUCUUAUUUUUCUUCUUCUUUUUUUUUUCCUCACUCCUUGAUUGAUGUUUGAGUUGAUAUUUGUUAAAGGUUCAUGCGCUUUGUAAAGCUCGUUAGAGAGAAUAUUUACUGUUGCGAACGUUAAGUGUAUUUGUUGGAAUCGAGGUUGAUAGAGGAGCUUUUGUUUGAGGAUAUUUAUCUGGAUAUAUUUUGGUUUUUCUUAAGAACUAGGUUUGCAGUCGAGUUUGAUGAAGGAUAUCUCGUGCUUAAAGAGUUUGUUGAGUAAAAGGUCUGGCCGGAGUCUUUAUUUCUGCAGUUCCAAGGUUGCAGUAGCAGAAUAUUGGUCAAAAGAAUCACAAAGUUCAGCUUCUUCUGCUUUAGACACCACAACAAAAGCGGUCUGCUUCAUUGUUCUAGAAAACUUUGACAAGAAUGAGAUGAUCUUGGUUCAAGGUGUCGGCAUCUCUCAGGAAAAUCGGCAAGCUUAGUCGUGCUUUGCUUAUUCAGUUAUCUCCAACUUCGCCGAGUAAGCCCAGGAGAUUUCAGAGAGAGAAGAAAAAAAGAAAUACGGUGCUGUAUUCUUUGAGAUUUUCAACUGUAAAUUCGCAAGCAACGUUUUCAUGUAUAAAUAACUCCAAAAGCUCUUUUGGUGUGAGAAUCUUUUUUCAAUCCGCUGAAGCUCUUAAUUAUCGUACGUUUUACACAAAGACGGAGUUUACGAGAGAAUCUUAGGCAAGACUGCCUGCUUAGAAGACCGCUCGUUAAGCGCCUAUUUCUGUCUCUUUCUCUUCCAUAGAGGAUUUUGAAUUCUAGUGGCAGAAAAAGAGAGCCAAAAAAGAAAAAGGAAAAAAUGGCGAUGGCCGUGGCGCCGCAUAGAGAGAACAGCAGCGGCAGCAUUAACAAACAUCUGGAUACCGGAAAGUAUGUCCGCUACACCGCCGAGCAGGUCGAAGCUCUCGAGCGAGUCUAUGCCGAAUGUCCGAAGCCGAGUUCGAUGAGACGGCAGCAGCUGAUCCGCGAGUGCCCGAUCCUCUCCAAUAUCGAACCCAAACAGAUCAAAGUCUGGUUCCAGAAUCGCAGGUGCCGUGAGAAGCAGAGGAAGGAGGCUUCUCGACUUCAGACCGUGAACAGGAAGUUAACAGCAAUGAAUAAGCUGUUGAUGGAAGAGAAUGAUCGUCUUCAAAAGCAGGUAUCGCAGCUGGUGUACGAAAAUGGGUACAUGAGGCAACAACUGCAAAACGCAUCUGUGUCAACUACUGAUGCAAGCUGUGAGUCUGUAGUUACCACUCCUCAGCACCCCUUAAGAAAUGCCAACAAUCCUGCUGGAUUGCUCUCGAUUGCAGAGGAGACCUUGGCAGAGUUCCUUUCAAAAGCUACAGGAACUGCUGUUGAUUGGGUCCAGAUGCCUGGGAUGAAGCCUGGUCCGGAUUCUGUUGGGAUUGUUGCCAUUUCACAUAAUUGCAGUGGAGUGGCAGCACGAGCCUGUGGUCUUGUAAGUUUAGAACCUACAAAGAUUGCAGAGAUCCUCAAAGACCGUCCAUCUUGGUUUCGAGAUUGUCGGAACCUUGAAGUCUUUACGAUGUUUCCUGCUGGAAAUGGAGGAAUGAUUGAACUGAUAUACAUGCAGAUGUAUGCUCCAACUAUACUGGCACCAGCUCGGGAUUUCUGGACUUUGAGAUACACCACGAAUUUAGAUGAUGGCAGUCUUGUGGUAUGUGAGAGAUCUCUCUCUGGUUCUGGUGCUGGCCCAAAUGCAGCAGCUGCUACCCAAUUUGUUCGGGCUGAGAUGUUACCCAGUGGUUACUUGAUUCGGCCAUGCGAGGGGGGAGGGUCAAUCAUUCACAUUGUUGACCACUUGGAUCUCGAGGCAUGGAGUGUUCCUGAAGUACUGAGACCACUCUAUGAGUCGUCAAAAGUUGUUGCCCAGAAGAUGACGAUUGCAGCACUGCGCUACAUUAGGCAAAUAGCUCAGGAGACCAGUGGUGAGGUGGUUUAUGGUUUGGGUAGGCAACCUGCUGUCCUGCGAACUUUUAGCCAAAGAUUGAGCAGAGGAUUUAAUGAUGCUAUCAAUGGAUUUAAUGAUGAUGGCUGGUCGUUGAUGAGCUGUGAUGGUGCUGAAGAUGUAAUAGUCGCUAUUAAUACAACCAAGAACAUGAGCACUAUUGCCAAUGCUUCCAACACUCUUACAUUGCCUGGAGGUAUUCUCUGUGUGAAGGCAUCUAUGCUACUCCAAAAUGUUCCUCCUGCACUGCUGGUUCGUUUCCUGAGGGAGCACCGGUCUGAGUGGGCUGAUUUCAAUGUUGAUGCCUAUGCUGCUGCAUCAAUGAAAGCAGGCUCAUAUGCAUUUCAGGGCUUGAGGCCAACCAGGUUUUCUGGGAGUCAAGUCAUCAUGCCACUUGGCCACACAGUUGAACAAGAAGAGUUGCUUGAAGUAAUUCGUCUUGAAGGUCAUGCUCUCACUCAAGAAGAAGCUGUUCUAUCUAGGGACAUUCAUCUCUUACAGAUUUGUAGUGGAGUGGAUGAGAAUGCAGUGGGAGCUUGCUCUGAACUUGUUUUUGCUCCUAUAGAUGAAAUGUUUCCUGAUGACUCUCCAUUGCUACCCUCUGGUUUUCGGAUAAUACCAUUGGAUUCAAAAACAUGUGAAAAACAAGAUGUGUUGACUGCAAAUCGUACGUUGGAUCUAGCUUCCAGUCUUGAAGUAGGUCCAGCCACAAAUCGUGCUGCUGGAGACACACCUUCAAAUGCUUAUAACGCGCGUUCAGUGUUGACUAUUGCUUUUCAAUUCCCUUUUGAGAAUCAUCUUCAGGAGAAUGUUGCAGCAAUGGCUCGACAAUAUGUCCGCAGUGUAAUAUCCUCUGUGCAAAGGGUUGCGAUGGCUAUAGCUCCAUCUGGGCUUUGCCCACCCUUGGGCCAAAAGUUAUCUCCAGGCUCUCCAGAAGCUCUUACACUUGCUCACUGGAUCUGCCAGAGCUACAGUAACUAUUUUGGAGCAGAGUUGCUGAGGACUGAUUGCCAGGAUGGAGAGUCAGUGCUAAAACAACUCUGGCAUCAUCAAGAUGCCAUAUUGUGCUGCUCAUUGAAGCCAUUACCUGUCUUCACCUUUGCCAACCAAGCGGGGCUUGACAUGCUGGAGACCACACUAGUAGCACUACAGGAUAUCUCGCUGGAUAAAAUUUUUGAUGAGUCUGGUCGGAAGGCACUAUGCUCUGACUUUGGCAAGAUAAUGCAACAGGGAUUUGCUUAUCUGCCUUCUGGGAUUUGCUUGUCAACCAUGGGACGGCAUGUUUCAUAUGAACAAGUCUUUGCCUGGAAAGUCCUUGCAGGAGAAAAUACCGUCCACUGUCUUGCAUUCUCUUUCGUCAAUUGGUCUUUUGUGUAAUAUUGUUUAUUUAUUCUCACUCCCAAAAAAGAAAAGAACACAAGAGUCGAUAAAAAAAGAGGGGGGAGAGAGAGAGAGAGAUAAAUUUUGUACCAAAUGAUGUUUGCAUAUAUUAAAUUAAUUAAAAA